CCCCUACAGAUAACUUCCCCUUUACAGUAACUAAUAAAAUAAAGAGGCCAAUCCUGAAUGAACCUAAUGCGUACAUACCAUUUCAGAACAAGAUAGGAAUAAACGGGUCAAAUAUGCAUUUGAUCCUAAACCCAAAGGACAAAAAUUGAUAUAUUUGCUCUUUCUAGUACUAUCUACUAUUCUACUCCACAGAGUUACUCUUUGCCGUCCGGUUGGGAACGAACGCAACAAAUUGGCAACACCGUUAAAAACUUAUACACGAUACACGGGUUCAUCUUCUUCGUUUAAUCCAUGGUAGGUUCCUUCAGUCCCAUCCAUCCAAUUUGAAUCCUCAUUUAACAAAAACACAAAUUUACUUGCUUCAAUCAGUAUAAAGAAAUGCAAUCUCCGUCGAUGAACACUUGCCGGGCCACUUCGAGUUUCAUCCAUCCUAAAACCAAUUACAAAUUGAAUCACUCAUCAUCGUCAUGUUCAUCGUUUUCAUUUUUUCCUUCACCCGGCUCUUGCAAAUUUAAACCCUGCCCCUCCAUUUCAUGUAGCUUCGGAAGUAAGAAUCGGGAAUUUGUGGAUAAGGGUCGUGGGAAUAGGGAGGGAGUGAAAGUGAAGCAAGGGAAGGAGAAUGUGUGGAGUGUGGAUAACGAGAUGGCCAAGGCGGAAGAAGAGAAAUCCAAAUUCAAGCGAAAGAAGGGGAGAAGAGGACGGAGAAUGAAGAAUGUUGUGAAAAAGAAAAGAAUUGGAGAUGGGUUCAUGGUUUCUGGUGCUAUGUUGGUGGAGGUUGAAACGGUUUUGCAAACUCAGAUCCUCUGAAGAAAAUCGGAUGGGUAUUAGUGGUCGAUGUUGCUGUUUGUAGGUUGUUAUGUGCAUGAGUUCGAGAAACAGGGAACCUGUCAUUCGUCCUGCGUGGCAAACAUUUGCAAGCAGUGUAAGUGGUAUAUGGAAAGGCGUAGGUGCUGUUUUCUCCCCCAUCACUGCUGAGAUGGAGCCGAUUGACGUUGGUAACAAGAACGAGCUCCUAUUUGAUUGUUACACUUUGUCCCGUCUGGAGGUAGUCCAAUCUCCUUCUGAUGGACAGAUAACUCAAAUUAAUAGGAGAAUAAAUUGGGUUACUUUGAACCCGUAUGGCGAGCUUCAAAAUCAAACAGAGAAACCUGAGGAUGAGAAUGCUACUUUGUUGAAGAAAAAGACAUUCAACAGAAACAACAAUCUGCCCAAGUUUGAGUCUUAUAAUUUUGGGAGAAGUGAUGUUAUGGAAGAAGAUGUCAUGAAGAUGGAACCUGGUCUUGUUUUCUUUGAGGAUGGAUCUUAUUCAAGAGGCCCAGUUGAUAUCCCAGUUGGUGAACGCGACGAAUCUAAUUAUUUCAUUUCUCCUACCUACAAGUUUGAGCAAUGUUUGGUUAAAGGUUGCCAUAAAAGACUCCGGAUUGUUCACACUAUAGAGUUUGGUAAUGGAGGCUCAGAAAUCCAAAUCAUGAGGGUUGCUGUUUAUGAGGAACAGUGGGACAGUCCUGCUAGUAUUCCUGAUAACAGUGAAGUGGCGUUGGAUAUGCAACCAUUUUCUCAAAGGAGAAGAGUUCAACCUUCAGAGUUAACUGGCUCUUGGAAAGUUUUUGAGGUGAGCGCAACACCUAUCUAUGGAGAUGACAUUGAGAUGGAGGAAAGCAGUGGUGUCCCAUAUGUGUAUCUGUGUACUGAAACCUUAAAGAAGCGAAGCUUGCCUGAAACUGUUUACUUCAGAGAGGAAGAGAUGCUCGAUAUGCAGGAUGUCACGGUCCUCUGGCUGCCCGGAGGUGUGACAGGGUACGUUGAUGUUAAGAAAGAUGGUAUCCUUUGUAUCGGUGUUGGCUGGUAUUCAGACGAGGGCAUAAACCUUGUCAUGGAAAGGGAUUAUGGAACAGAUGGGAAACUCAAGGAGGUUAGAUGGAAGUCUGAAAUGAAGAGAAGAUGGUCUAAUCCACCCCCCACGUAGAUUCUUUCUACUCAUUUUAGGUUUUGGUUAGAGCCACAGUUUGUAAAUGGUUUUUUCCCGGGAAUCUAUGUUGGAUUUGCCCUAACCAUUCAUAUGUUGCAGUGAUGAAUAACUUGCCUUCCAACAACAAUUUGGUACAGAAGAAGCGAAAAUACAGUAGUAACAUACAAUCUGGAGCAAUUACAAAAUUACACAUCCAAGUAAAAGUAAAACAGCACUGCCUCUUGCCUAGCACCUCACACAGCCUGAACUAAACUAAGCACGGACUAUCAAAGCUGCCAAUACAAGCGAAAAGCUCAGCACCAAAUAGCUUAUGGAGCCAAAACUGCCAGUUGCUGCAUUAGUUCCACUAGGCGAAGUUGGCGAGCUGUUGGAAGAAGGUGAACCAGAACCUGACGGUGUGGUGCUUGGAGUGGUUGAACCAGAACCUGAAGGAGUUGAUGGGCUGGUGGGGGGAGCAGGGGUGGAGCCGCUGCCGCCUGAAUCCUUAACGCUGACGGCCAACUUCAUACCUUGGCCACAGUGCGACGUGGUUGGACACAUAAAAUACGUCUGACCGGCUUUGGUCAGAUUGUAGGUGGUGCUGCCUCCAGAAUAGGUCUCGAGGGCGUUUCCAGGGUUACAGUUGUCAUAGUCAUUCUUGCUCACAACAUCCACUCCAUGUAAACUACCAUAGUUGAAAACUACACAAACAAAGUCACAAUUUUUGGUCAGUUUAGAUAGUGAAAAAAAAAACCUGAUAGAGCGAUCCACCCAGGAUAUGGAAUUGAAGAAGAAGAAAACGAAAAAGAAACUGCAUGAACUAACUAAAUGGAUGCAUGCGAAUGAAUUAGUAAAAUAUGUAUACCAAGUGUGUCCCCAACAUUGAAGGUUUCGCCUUUAGCCCAAGAGUUAUAAUCAACUCCAGUGUCCCAACCAUUACUGCCUCCUACAACAUGGCUAAUAGCACCAUAGACUGCUGGAAUUGCAAGCACAAGAAAAAGAGCUGCAACUUUCAGGGCCAUUUGCAAAGGCUCAAUAAUUUAAAUGUGGUUUUUUUUCACUAAGGAAAGGUACAAGACUACAAUAUAAGCAUCUAUAUAUAUAUAUAUAUAUAUAUAUAUAUAUAUAUAUACACACAAAAUCAAAGAGAAAAGAAAAUGAAGGGUUAGUUUUGAUUGUUCAAAAGGGGUUGAAUUUAAUUAGUUUUGGUGAUAACUAACCUUUAAUUUAAUAUCGCUUCCUUUCCCAUCAAUCUACACCAGUUACGUACCUAAUGAUUUAGAACUUCUUAAAUAUUUUGUGUCUCUGUUACUUGUGCUUCUUUUUCCAGUGAAGCUUCUAACAAGGAUGAAACUGGUAAGUAUAUGUAACACUUUUACUUGGAAAAUUUGUCCAGAUGAACG